AUGGUAUCAGCUGCUGAGCAAGUCGCAGCUGUUGGGAAGGCCGCAAAAGCUCGUAGUGCAAAGCAAGCUUUGCCCGCUUUGUCUGCUGUGAGCCAUUUGCUAGCGACAAAGCAGCUGCCACAAGAUCAAUUGAGUCCGUUGAUAGCGUCAUUGAAGACCUUAUCUGCUUUGGCUCAGGAUGUGCAGCUCAAAGUGCUGCAGCUGCUACCGCUCAUCUACUCCUGCGACUUGAGAAUAUUGGAUGACGAUCUUUUUGACAGUCUCUCGAUCCCAGUGGGAUUGCUAGAUGCCAAUGGUAUCGUUGGAUCGAUUGCCUCAGCUUCGCUCCAGCAGCUGAUAUCUCUAAUAUUUGAGCGAUCCCUUCCAGAAUGUCUAGUCAUCUUGCAAGAGCUCUGCAGAAUAGCGGAAGCCGGUGAAGUCAAGAUUGCACGGCUCAAAGGCAUCCAGCCUCUACUGUCGCUUGAACUGAUUGAAAGUGUCACAGAAGGACAAGACACUGCUCUCAUCAGCAAAGUGGUCGUGCCGUUCUUGCAUGAGUUCCUCAAAUCACCCUCCAACAGCUUCCCUGUGUGUGUCAGAGUAGCGCGCAUUACAAGGAGACUCAUUCCAGAGCUAUUCGAAGACAUCUUGGAGGCAUUACGCAAGCCUACCAAGCUACAAACUCUCUUGUUUGAAGUGAUCAGCCAAGCGAGCGCUGGCUUGCUGGACGAACAGCAUCUGACAUUGACGAGUACCCUGCUUGAAUUUGAGCAAGACUUGCCCGAUCUUGGCUCUUAUGCUCAAUCUGCACCCGCUACUGAAGAUGCAGAAGUCAACUCAGAGGGACUCGUCUUUGAGUCUGUCGCCACAAGCGAGGGCCUAGGUGAGUGGCUUGUGCCAGAGCGCAAGUUGCUUACUUCCGGUUCCUCAGAGCUCCCUUCAUUGCCCAGCUACAAUCUUAUGUUGCUAUUUCAGAUCAUCACUCGGCUCUCUCGACGGCAGAGCCCUGCUUGGCGGAAUCUGCUGCGUCUCAAUUCUGCAUUCAUGUCGAGCAGCAUAUCGAGCACAAUGGAGCAAGAAUGCGUUGAAAAUCUCGCUUCAUUGUCAUUGAACUCGACUCAAGGAAGCGAAGCAUUGACAGCGCGAAAUGCAUGCCUGAAAAGGCUAGGCAGGCUGGCACUAUCCGCUUCAACAGGUCGUCACAUGUCGCCACGGUCCUACCACUGCCUUGAAGCUUUCCUUCGCACAUCCAAAACUCUGUGGGACAAGUUCGAUGAAGCAAGCUGGAACAUGGUCCUUGGCAUUUUGAGAUCCGCAGAGCCGCUCUUGGAUGCUAGACGGGCUUCAGUGCCCGAUGAACAAGGCAAAGCGGGAGAUAUUCAGCUCUCAUCAAAACUGCUCCAGCAGAUUCGGGACUUCUUCGUAACAAUCAGCGGAACGCCUGAUUCGUCGUUUGUCGCGAUGCUGCAAGCGCUUUUGAUGAUCGGCGAGGUGGAUACAACGACACCGCUGGCAAGCCCUACCUUUUUGAGGCAAAGACUUUUAUCUGUUGCCUCCAUCACAAGUUCAGUUUCAACACCUGGACCUCCCUCUGAUGUCACUGCUUUCAACCUCAACAAGCUUGCGCUUAUUUGCAAAGCGUGCAUAGACCGUUUCGCCGAAAAUACAGAUAAUGCAAAGGUUGCCUGGGAUCUCGUUCGCACAUACCUGGCUGCCGAAAUCGAGCAAUCCGAAUCACUGGCGGCAGCAGAAAUACUAGGGACCGCCAUUCGAGAUUCUGUUGAAAGUCAAAGUGACCCUCAAUGCUGUUUCAUUGAUGCUAUCAAGGAUCUGACCAGUCGCAGCCUGCUCAUCAAGAACGUGCAGUUAGAGACAGUCGCACAUGUUUUGCAAUAUGUCGGACACAACUUGACAUCUUGGGAGUUGCUCUUGAACGUUGUUCAUCGUGCAAUCAAGUCGACCGAGCUGAUGCCUGCGAGUGUACCAUCGACCCCGAGAACGCCCCGUUCUUUCAGUGAUCACUUUCCAGAACCACAUGAGCGAAGUCGUGCUAGUAACGUCGCAUCGCUUGUGCGCUCAGCUUUUGGCUCACUAGAGCUGAUUUGUUCAGACUACUUAAUUGGGUUACCUACAGAGCACUUUCCAGAGCUGGUUGACAUCCUCCUGCUGUGCAGCACACAGACUGCAGAUAUCAAUAUCAGUCUGUCUUCAGUCAAUCUGCUGUGGAUGGUGGCUGAUGCGCUGACUCUGCCUGCCGAUUUGAAGCACGAUAGACUUUGGCAGGCCAUGAUCUCAGCACUCAUUCAGGUGGCUCAUCAUGAUCAACGCGAAGUACGCAACUCUGCCCUUUACAUCAUUUUCCGCAUACUCGAUGGCAAACUUCUCAAGCUCGGUGAUGAGACUUGGUCAGUCGGUGUCCAAUUGCUGCUUGAGCCUGUUACAGGCAUCCGUGACUCAGAAACACUGAACCUCAUCGUCUCAAGUGCUACACGCAUGUACAUGAAUGCGUUGGCAAUUUGGGCUGAUUCGAAAUUACUGCAUGAACGGUGGCACGAGCAUGUCAACCUCUUGGGCAACGCGGCUAUAUGCGAGGGUUCUUCUGCUGUUGCCAUUCACAAUUUUACCUUGCUACAUAACUGUGUCGAAGAAGCGAACAUCUCACAGGACACGAGACAGAGUGUUGCAGCGAUUGAGAUUCCGACUUGGUUGCAGGUCGGUGAUACGCUGACUUCUGCUAGUGGACAUACGCAGGAAGUUUUGACAAAGUACAUCGAUUCGCUACGGUCACUUGUGGUUCGGCUGGAUGACGAAGAGAUGCUGUCCCGUACUGCAGCAAUAUUACGAGCUGCACUGGCAUAUCAGGGUAGUCCGUCCUACUUGCUCGAUAUUGACCAUGUUACUGCACUUCAAAAGUCCAUCUUGGCGACAUGGGAGAUUCUGCUAGAGAGGCUACCAGAGAAACGGCCCAUGUUGCUUUCAAGCAUGACUGAAUCAAUGGGAUUUUCAGUCAUGUCACCAGAAGCUCGAGCAUCGUACACACUCCGUCGACCGUCGACCGCAUCGUCAUGGGACGGUGUCCCUACUUUCGUCGCCUUUUCCAUUCAACUAUUGCAACUCUUUGAGCGAUACUAUCAUUCUUCGCAGGACGAGGAAUGGGGUUGCAUGAUUGCAUGUCUUGCGCAACUCAACAAAUACAUUGGCUGUCGAUUUGAAGCAGCCUCCGUCAAGGACGCCGCCCGACACCACAUUGUCUGGCAAAAUGCACUUGAGUUGGCUUUCAAGCUUCUUGAAGCGCCACACACACAACCCAUGACUCAAGCAGCCUGGGCAGAAUCCACGACUCUGGCAUGCCAUCUGUUUGCGCCAUCAGAAAAUCAGUCUGAAGAAUAUGUUCUGACUGCUCUCAAUCGGCUUCACGCCCGCUUGGUGCCAGCCAUUGGCGAAAUUGGCGAGCGUCCUCUCCAGCGUUACUGCAAUGCCUUGUUUGAAGGAUCGUUUUUUGAGCAUUCAGUGGACGGUACUCUUGUGGCUCACAAAGAUGGCCUUCUCAGAGAAUGGUGCUUGCUUGAGCUCUUGCGGAUGAGCACACUUGGUACUGCUGAUGGAACGCAUGCUGGUCUCGAAGUGUGUGGCGAAACUGCCAUGGCAUAUACCGUGCAACGCAGCACAGGCUUACUAGAGUCCUUGAUGGCUGCCUUUCCUACUUCAGGACAUGCACCCAUCAAGGAACCAGAUAUGCAUGCACUGACAAUUCUGCUGCAACAUCUAGCAGACCCUGAAGUGGUCUCUCAAGCUCGACCGCGUGUGCGUGAGCUAUGUCGAGCCAGUUGGCCCGGACUUGUCAAGUGCCUUUCACGCUGUGCUCGUAGCGAGGCACCCAAGGGACUUGCAGAGAGCAUCGAGGCGGCCCUUCUGCAGAUUGGACGGGAAUGUAUUUGA